AUGCACAAUACACAAAUUGUAAUUUUAAUAUUGCUAUUAUAUGCUUCUUUUAAAGGAUUCCUUUAUGCAUCCUUUGUAGGAGUCCUACGGCUAUCCCACGAAGGACUCCCUAGGAGUUCUACAGCUAUCCCACAAAAGACUCCUGAAUUGGUAUCCUUCUGGAAAGCAUUCAAAGAUUGUGGUUACAGUCAUGGGAAUCCAUUAGGAGUCCCUACUUUCCUGACAAGGACUCCGUCAAGAAUCCUUAAGGACACCUUGUGCUACGGCCUACGAGGGAAGUUGUAA